CCAUGGAGUUCUCCGAGCUGAUCAAGACGGCGACGGUGGAGAGCGUGCUGCUGUCGUGUGCGGGGCUGCCGGCGGUGAAGGGCACCCUGUGCAUCACCAGCCACCACCUGCUCCUCUCCUCCUGCCCCGGGGGGGACGCCCAGCCAGGCACCGUGGAGCUCUGGCUGCUCAUCCGCAACGUGGAUGCCGUGGAGAAGAGGCUCACCAGCUCCUCCGGCACCAUCACGCUUCGGUGCAAAGACCUGAAGGUGCUGCAGCUGGAGAUCCCGGGCAUGGAGGAGUGUCUCAACAUCGCCAGCUCCAUCGAGGCCCUCUCCUCGGUGGACUCCGUGAUGAUGAUGUACCCGUUCUUCUACAGACCCCAGAGCCUGAAGCUCGAGGAAGGAUGGCACCUUUUCCCCCUCGAGCAGUACUUCCAACAGAUCGCCUCACAGGUGAGCCUGGAGGGGAGAGACCCGGCUGCCCCCCCCCCCCCCCCCCCCCCCCCCCCCCCCCCCCCCGCCACUGCCAGCCCUUGGGUGAAGGCGGCUCGAAGCCCCCCAUCCCGUGGGGUUCCCCCGGUGCCCCCUGGCUCUCACUGCCCGCCAUCCGUCACCCCGCAGGCGAUGCUCCGCAGCAGCCAGCCGCUGACGGGCCCCAACCGAAAGCGCUGUCGCGAGGACGAGAUGCUGCUGGGGAUGGUGCUGGAUGAGGGGGAACGGGGCUUUAUCAUCGACACGCGGUCGGCCCAGGCAGCAAAGCAGGCUCGGAUGACGGGGGGGGGCACAGAGCCCAAGUCCUCCUACCCGCAGUGGAGGAGGCUGCACCGGCCCCUGGAGAGAGGCCGCCCGCUGCAGGAGAGCUUCAUUAAGCUGGUAGAAGCCUGCAACGACACCUCGAUCAACAUGGACCGGUGGCUGAGCCGGCUGGAGAGCUGCCGCUGGCUGAGCCACGUCAAGGCGGCCCUGAGCACGGCCUGCCUGGCCGCACAGUGCAUGGACAGGGAGGAGGCCAGCGUGCUGGUGGGGCGCGGGGCGGACGGGACGGACACGACGCGGCUGGUGACGGCGCUGGCCCAGGUGAUCCUGGACCCGUCCUGCCGCACGCUGGUGGGCUUCCAGGGGCUGCUGGAGCGGGAGUGGAUCGAGGCCGGCCACCCCUUCCACCUCCGCUGCGCCCGCUCUGCCUACUCCCACGCCCGGCUGAAGCAGGAGGCGCCGCUUUUCCUCCUCUUCCUCGACUGCGUGUGGCAGCUGAGCCGCCAGUUCCCCUUCUCGCUGGAGUUCAGCGAGCACCUUCUCCUCACCCUCUUCGACAACGCCUACGCCUCCGCUUACGGCACCUUCCUCUGCAACAACGAGAAGGAGAGGUGCCUGUGUAAAGUGAAGGAGAGCACCCACUCCCUCUGGGCCUGGCUGAACCAGCCUGGGGAGAAGAAGAAGUACCUGAACCCUCUCUACUCGCCCAACGCCCUGGUCAUCUGGCCCUCCGUCGAGCCCCAGAGCAUCCAGCUCUGGCAGGGUUUAUUCUUCCGAUGGAUCCGCUCAUCCCAGUACCUGGACGAGGCCUGGGCAGAGAUCCAGCGGUUAGUCCAGGGCAACGACUCCCCCGUCAAGGAGAGCGCGGAGAACAGGCUGAGCCGGUCCCUCUCUGACCCCGCUGCCCGGACGGAGAACGAGAGAUGA